CCAUAUUGAAUCUAGCUAUUCUCCAAACACGGAGGCCGCCCAGACCUGAUGAUUACGGCGGCUUCUUUUUGAUGUAAGCACUGUAUCCAAGGCGUAUUCCAAACAUGAGAGAAGGCAAGACUCUCACCACAGAAACUUUGAUAUUUCUCUUUGGAACCUCCUUUAUAACAACUUUUCUUCUCAUUGUGUGCGUAUGUUUUCGAAGAAAAUCUAAACGUGCAGAUAGAGGAUCAAAGGUGCUAUCAAUUGAAGACAACACUGUGUGGCGGUCAGCCGGGUUCGAUCGCCGGUGGCCAGAUAGCUCAUUCGGUAGAGCACCUGACCGGAGUUUCAGGGGGCCCGGGUUCGAAUCCCGGUCUGGUCCGCUGCAUUUUCUCCUCUCCCGUUACAUGUGGUGCCGUGACCAGGAUUUGGAAUUGACAGGUGAAAGACCUGCCAGGGAUGAGCCUGGGUUGGGGUCCUUGGAGGGCCAAAGACCUUUAAGGAGGGAGGAAUGUGGCGGUCAGCCGGGUUCGAUCGCCGGUGGCCAGAUAGCUCAUUCGGUAGAGCACCUGACCGGAGUUUCAGGGGGCCCGGGUUCGAAUCCCGGUCUGGUCCGCUGCAUUUUCUCCUCUCCCGUUACAACUGCAAUACCGAAUCCUGAAACAUUUAACCAGAAUACUUUAAUAGGAGGAAACAUAUCAAGAAGAAGUCCACAACUUCCACAGAAUCUACCUGAUGUUGCUCCCUAUCAAGUAUUAUUGGAUGAGGGAAGGCAACAGAAUGGAAACGUUAAAGUUCCCCGUAGAAUUCUUCUCUGUCUGGAGAGCAUUAAAGGGGAGUUAAAUCCUAGUAGUUAA